AUGAAGCGCAUUUGGAGUUUUUCCCUCUUUAUCCUUUUCCUGAAUGUUUACCUGCUCCAGUAUAGCAUUGUAAAGAAUGAAAUAACCAAACGCAGAAAGCCUAAAAUUAGGAACGAGUCUCCACCCGAUGGCAACUCCCCGGGCGGUGGCAAAAAUAAUGCUGCUGGGAACAACGGCGGGGGUGACAACAACGCAAAGAAUAAAGCUGCAAAUAAAGCAGCAAAUAACGCAGCGAAUAAAGCAGCAAAUAACGCAGCAAAUAACGCAGCAAAUAACGCAGCAAAUAACGCAGCAAAUAACGCAGCAAAUAACGCAGCGAAUAACGCAGCAAAUAACGCAGCAAAUAACGCAGCGAAUAACGCAGCGAAUAACGCAAAUGAGCAAAAUGGGAAUAAAAAAAAAAAAGGAAAGCCGAAGAAGGAAGAAGCAGACCUGCCCGUGCAAGCACAAAACGAAAACGACAGAAAUAAGAUAGAAGAUAUAGCUGAUGAAGCAGAGCUAUUCGCGGAAGAGGCAAAAAUGUUAGCGGACUUGGCAUCCAAAAGGUCUAAAGAGGUAGAACAAAUUUUAAGCAGCAUUCCAGAAAAUAAGUUCGGGUCAGAGCCAAAGGAGGAUGCCAUUUUCGCAGCAAAAGACGCAGUAAGAGCAAGCGAAGAUGCUAUGAAGGCCGCCCAGAAAGCCAGAGCGGCCGAAACGGUAACACAGGCAAACGAAGAAAAGGAUAAAGCGAAAACGGCCAAGGAAUUAGCAGAACGUUCGGCUCAAAUAGUAAAAAAAAACGCAGUAGAAGCACUGAAGGAAUUCGGAAAGAUUGCCGAAGCAGCCGAGAUGGAAGCAAUAAAAAUCCCAAUUCCGGAAAACUUGAAGCCGAAAAAGAAAGUGAAACAACCACGAGCGGCAGCGCAGAAAGUAGAACCCACACAAGCGACAGCGCAUAAAGUAGUACCUCCACCAGCUGAACCUCCCAGAGCGCCAUCGCCACCACCACCACCAGCAAAACCUGAAGCAGCACCUCCCGCAAAAGAAGUGGCUCCGGCUGUGACAACCCCGGAAGCGCCCAAGGAGGAAGCACCAAAGGCAGACGCAGCUCCGGCCGCCCCCCAACCCGCAGCGGAAAGCAAAGUCGCGAAAGAACCAACCGACCAAUCCGCGGAAAACCAGUCAGAUUCGCUCUACAAAGAAACAAACAUAAAGGAAGGAACUGAAGAGGCGGGAACGGGCCAAGAACAAAAACAAGAGCCUGAAUUGCAGAAUCUUCUAGAGCAACAAAUGAAUAUAUUUUACAUUUUGGUGCAAUUUUUUAAAAGUAAAAUUAAGGCGCUUAUCAAAUUUUUGCUAAUUCUGGUAAGUUAG